GUCCUCGCAAAGGCUCACUUUCCGAAAUGUUGGUGGGGCUUUGGCAUGCGGGACGUUAAUGGAUCCGAGGCUGGGUACCUUAUUGGUACUAACCUUAUGGAUGGGUAUGAGUACCUACCUACGUACGUUUGGUUUGGUGGAUGCCGGCAGGUUGUGUUAGUACCUACCUACCUGUACACAGCAACUCUACCUACCUACCUACCUAAGCACCCACAACCAGAGCUUUGUUGUCCCUGACCCCCAAAAAAUACUCUACUCACAACAUUGUCGACAACAACACAUGUCCAACCUGCUGAUUCCAAUCUAACUUCAUCGAAAUCGGCUUCCAGGGACCAUUCCAAUAGUCACGCACCACCGAUUUAUACAAGUCCUCCGACAAUGGCGCCUCCUCCCAAUCCGUAUCUUCUGGCAGCCGACAACAACCCCGCCUUGCUGCCCCUCCUUCGAGAAAAUCCGGCGCUGGCCGCGAUGCAAGACGAGCAUGGUUACUCCCUCGUACACGCCGCUGCGAGUUACAACCAUCUAGACCUCCUCAGAGCCCUGGUUCGCGAAUUUCACGUCGACGUAGACCUCAGGGACGAGGAUGACGAGACCGCUUUGUUCGUGGUUGAGACCGAGGCUGCUGCCCAAGCCCUGGUUGAGGAACUCGGAGCCAACAUUAACCACAGAGGGGCGGAAGGAUUGACGGCCAGAGAGAAGAUUGAGGCCGAGGGCGAUUUUCCAGCAAUUGCUGCCUACCUCGCCAAGAUUGAGGCUAAAAAAGUAGACAACCUCGACGCUACUGCCGCGGCCAUCUUCACCGAAGAGAUACCCCCCCCUCCAGAGGGCAUGCCCGUAACCAUCGGUACUAUGGAUGAGGUCCAAGAUUUUCUUGGCGAGGCCGACCCGGAAUUCCGGAGGCGUAUUGAGGAGUUGGCUCAGCGAGACGAUUUCAACACACCCCAGGGCCAGGCAGAUCUGCGUAAACUAGUCGAGGAAGCCUUAACGGGACAAGGGCUUGGCGAUGAAAGAAGUGUGCGAUCAAAGCAAGAAUAAGUUCUCACUCUGAAACCUUUGUUUCCCACAUGAGGUACUUGGUCCCGGUUACUGGAGGUCGAAGAAUCAUGACCUCGUUACCACUGCCGGGAACGCUCCUUGAAAAGCAAGUUGCACUCAAAGAGAACCAUGCCACCGACGGACAAGCAGCAAUAGUAUCAACAAGUAACUUGUGCAGCCAACUGGAAGAAAUGAGCCCCUGCCAACUCAGUUUGCACACAGUCACAUCCCCCUCGGCAUCUCCCGGCACCCGAUAUUUCGAAAGAUAGGGAUCGAUGUUGUCCCGAGGUUCCACGCGGGGGCUUCCAAG